AUGGCAUUGUUUAAUGAUUCGAAUAUAGAAAAUGGAAAUUCAUCAGCAGAUGGAUUUCUUUACAAAAGAAAUGCUACAGGAGGUCCUGGAGGUAAACCAGGUGUUUAUGACCUGAAUACAGAAGACACAAAUUGGGUCAUAACUUCUUCAUUUAUUAUUUUUACUAUGCAAACAGGUUUCGGUAUGCUGGAAUCCGGUUGUGUAUCAAUAAAGAACGAAGUGAACAUCAUGAUGAAGAAUGUGAUAGAUAUAAUUCUGGGCGGUUUUACUUACUGGUUAUUCGGCUACGGUAUGUCCUAUGGGAGAGGUGCUUAUACGAAUCCAUUUAUCGCCUUUGGAGAUUUUAUGAUUGACCCGCAGGUUGGAAACCCUCUCAUGGGACCUGUUUUUGCCUCAUUUCUGUUCCAACUAUCAUUUGCCACCACUGCUACUACUAUAGUCAGUGGAGCUAUGGCCGAGAGAUGUAACUUCAAAGCCUACUGCCUAUUUUCCUUAAUGAAUACUGCAGUGUAUUGCAUACCAGCUGGUUGGGUUUGGGGAGAACAUGGUUUUCUUUACAAUUUAGGAGCAGUUGAUAUCGCAGGAUCCGGACCUGUACAUGUGAUAGGUGGUUCUGCCGCCUUCGCCUCUGCCGUGAUGCUGGGCCCUCGCCUCGGGCGCUACAGCCACGGUAUAGGGCAGUUGCCCUUGGGCAGCCCGGUCAACGCGGUCAUGGGACUUUUUGUCCUCUGGUGGGGCUGGUUGGCAUUCAACUCGGGCAGCACUUACGGGGUGAGCGGAGCUAAAUGGCAAUAUGCCGCAAGGGCUGCAGUGACAACUAUGAUGGGAUCCUUUGGUGGCGGUGUAUUAGGUGUACUGUAUUCAGUAAUUCGAAAUGACGGUAAACUCAACAUUAUGGAUCUUAUAAAUGGAGUGUUGGGCUCUCUAGUAUCAGUAACAGCCGGUUGUUUUCUGUAUCGUACAUGGGAAGCCCUAUUAAUUGGUUCCAUUGGAGGAGGAAUUGCUUGUCUGGCGAUGCCUCUUUUUGAUCGAAUCGGAGUCGAUGAUCCAGUUGGAGCAAGUUCCGUACACGGAGUCGCCGGAUUAUGGGGUGUUCUAGCCGUAGGAAUUUUCGGAGAAAAUCCUAUCCCACUGCCGACUACAAAGGGUCGUUCGGGUCUAUUCAAAGGAGGCGGCUGGUACUUGAUGGGCGUGCAGGCGCUCGCCUGCCUGUGUCUGGCAACUUGGGGCGUGUUCUCGACUAUGCUAAUUCUCUGGAUAAUAGACUGCGUGAUACCAAUACGGAUGGAUCCGGCCGAAGAAUUAUUAGGAGCAGAUCUAGUCGAACACGACAUUCGACAUGGACAGAUUGGCGUUUCCAGGACAUUAUCAGCAUUGGCGACAGUCCAUGAAUUAGAUUCCUUUCAACAAGCUCCUUAUGUGGGCAUAAAUCCAGGACAUCAAGAUUAUGUGGAGAAAAUAUAUAAGAAAACCCACGGCCAAAAGAAACCUCUAUCAUCACUAAAUCUUCUACAUCGCCAUGCCAAGAAGACCUACAACAGUUCUUCUCCUAAUAAAACAAAACCAAGAAUGAAUAAAUAUGACACUUUGAGAAAAUUAAGUGUUUCUUUACGUAGUGGAAGACCCAGACGAAUUUUGGAGGACGAAAUUCGAACUCCGGAUCAUUUGAAGACGGUUCAUACACCCACAUUUGCUUGGGUCGAUUAA